AUCCCAGUAGUUAACACUCCUGCUCAGGCCCUGGGAUCUCCCGUGUUGAUUAUUGCAACGUCUGCCUUUCUGGCUAACUGUUGUGCACAUUGCCCUUCACAAGCAAAGGACUGGUACACAGGAAGAAGAGCCAGAGGCCUCUCUGUGAUGCUCCCCAGAAGUACCCAGGGUUGUGAGGCACCUCACCACCACCUACCCUCAUCAUGAGGAAGUCUUGUUUGUGCCUGAUGUGGAUCAGAACCUUGAAACCACCAGCCUCUGGCAGCACACGUAGAGCCUUCCAGGCCUCUUCAGGCCUCGGUCUCUCUGUUCAGGUAGCAAUAGGGACACACCAACUGCCAGAUCCUUGGAGUGUUCCCUGUAGUCUCUAGCCCCCUCCACUGAACACUCACAGGACUACUAGGCCUGCAGUUCCUAGGGAACCGUACUCCAGCUUGUAAGACUCAACUCAGGUUCAGCACUUUGCUUAACAUCACAGCACUGAGAUCUAGUUAUAAUGAAACCAAGAAUGUGUCUGUUGUCAGAGAACCAAGAUUCAUGUGAUAGUGAGAAUACUGGGAAAAUGGAUUACAUACAAAUCAAAAUCAUAACAUGCUUUCUAGAGGCUAAAACAAGUUAUCCUCUUGUUUAAUAGCUUAUUUCACCCAUUGUUCUCACCAGCAUUUUCAGCCAAGUCUAGCUGAGACCCCUCUUUCACAAAGCAAACUGACUGUCCAUUUGCUGCCUCAGGGAAGGAUGCUAGGGUGUCAUUUUUUGUCCCCCAAAUAAUCUAGAGAAAAUCUUUGACGUGCACCUCAAGAUGGGGUCUCUAUUCUCCCAUCCCUCUUCCCUGGCUGUUUGCUUCUUCCUGUUACUUUUCUCUCACUUCACAGUGCUUCAUUAGCAUUCAGUUCAGACUAGGGAGAGGCGACCUGCUGUGACCCAUACAGUAUUUAAUUUAGGUCUAAACAGCCAGACACUUCUUAUCUGACAGAAACCGCUUUUUCUCCUUUGCAGGUGGUCAGCCCUAGACACAGACGUUAAGUACAUAAUUGCCAGUGUAUAUACAUAACUCCUUACACAGCAUCUGUAUGUACCGUUUGUGAUUAUAUUGAUGACCAGUGUGACACUGGCUUUUCUUUGAGGCCUCAGACGACAUUCUUUGGUGACCUAGAUAGACUGUAUGUCCCAGACCCAGGAGAUCCUUGUCACCCAGGCACCCCCUCUGUUCCCCUGGCCCAUUGGCACUAAGAGGUUCCAGAGCCACCCCCUCUUGCUGCACUGUAGUGCUAGGCUGUUGGGAUGCUUUUGGCACAACUUCCUGGGAGUUAAUGCAGCUGGGCACAGCGUGACGCUCUGCUCCCUUGGGCUGCUGAGGUUAGGGACUGUCACCUGCACGGUGCCCCACACAUUAGUGUGCUUAGUGUCCUGGCUUUGUGGCGUUCGGGGGCAGCCUUUCUCUGCAGCAUGGGGAAUGUGUCACUUGCUACUCUGGAGUAGAGUAAAUGGUGGAUUCUUUGUAACUUGAUGUCAUUACAUCACAAAUUGAAGAGGUCAGUAACUAAACCAGAGAUUAUGGGCCUCCUACAUGAGAGGGUGGGAGAGGUGUGGUGGCCUGCGAUGUGCAGGCGGUCAGACUAGAUGAUCAUGCUGGUCCCUUCUGGCCCAAAGUCUGUGAGUCUGUGACCAUGAACUACAAGCCCCUUGCGAGGGGAGGUCAAAAGGAGUGUUAGGCUUGUCUCUGGUCCCUCUCCUUAGGGCUGCAUGAAGGGGUGUCACAGCAAUGAGAAGCCCCCCGAGCCCUUCCGGCCAGAGGAUACCUCAGACAAGCUGAAGGCCAAGCCAAGCACAGAACUCAUCGUCCAAAGCCCAAAAUCAGCUGAGAAGUUGCAGCGUGAAAGGCCAAGCUCUGAUGAGCCAAGACAGCCACUGCUGAUUAAAGUGUCCAGGUCUCUGGAGCAGACCCUGGAGAAGCUGAAGCUGGCCUCCAAAAACCAAUGCCCAGAGGGAGGUUCCUUGUGCAGGGCAGAGGCCAUUCCAGAGAUCAGGACUGGCACCACCUGUAAGAACUCAGGCUGUAAGGCGAUCUACAAGGGGGCAGAGAAUGAGAUGGACGCUUGUAUUUUCCACCCUGGAAUUCCUGUCUUCCAUGAGGGUAUGAAGUACUGGAGUUGCUGCGGCAUUAAAACUACAGACUUCAGUGCGUUUCUGGAGCAAGAGGGCUGCAGCACUGGGAAACACAGCUGGCUAAAGAAGGAGGAUACGAAGUUGGUGUCUUGUCGACAAGACUGGCAUCAAACCAGCAGCCAAGUGGUGGUGACAAUUUAUGCCAAGAGUCCUCUGCCAGCACUCAGCUCUGUGACGGCCAGUCGCACUGUGAUUGAUGUCCAUAUCAUGUUCGAAGGUGACAAGGUUUUCCAGGCAAAGCUGGAUCUCUGGGGGGUCAUUGAUGUACAGAAGAGCUUUGUAAACAUGGUGCCCACAAAGGUGGAAAUUACUCUGCAAAAGGCUAGCCCCAUGACCUGGGCCAAACUGGAGCAUCUCCAGAGCAGCUCUCAGCCCAGACAAGACCAGACCAAGAAAGAUCCUGUGGAUGCUGAGGACCCCGAAAGAGUGCAAUGGGAGGAGUCAGAUGAUAGCUUGAGCUGGUCAGAGGAGGCAGAUGAGGAGCGGGAGGAAGGAGCAGUAAGCAAAUGACAUUCAUGUAGUGUCUUCAAAACAGAGAUUGAAGCCUCUUUCUUUCUAAGACAAGCAUGUGGGACCCCAGAACCAUCUCCAGGUGAGCAGAUUGAAUUCCCUGGAGACUGAGGGCCAGCUCUGAAUUUAAAGCUGCUAGAGACACUGCCUCCCAAGUGUAAACAGUUCAGCUCACCUAUGUCUCUGUGGCAGUGUCUACACUGGGAUAUUUCUUGUACACUUGGGAAGAAGUUAAAGAGCAGCUACUAAAGUUCGACAUUUUUAAAUCAGCAUUCAGGUGUUUAAAAAGAGCUGACUGAGGAGCUCAUUGGACUGUUAAUGUUAAUUUUCAUUAAGUCCUGAAAAAUCCCAGAAGUUCUAAAACACUGGAAGAAAGCUAAUGUUGUGACAGUAUUCAAGAGGGUAAAUCAUAUAACCUGGGUAAUUAUGGGCCUGCCAGUAUGACAUUGAUCCCAGGAAAGAUAAAGGAGCAGCUGAUGUGGGACUUUAAUUCUAUUACUCCUUUAAUUUUUUAUUAAUAACGCCAAUCAACAUGGGUUUAUGGAAAAUAGAUCCUGUCAAAACUGAUUUGAUAUCUUUCCUGAAUGAGAUUACAAGUUUUGUUGAUAAGGGUAAUAGUGUACCACAAUAUCAUUCUAAUU